GUCAACUAGACGUUGAUUGUGAAUGGGGAAUGACGAAUUGAAAAAUAAAAUAAACGCUGGAUUUUGGAAUAAUAACACUUCCAUUAAUCUAGACGCAGCCAGGACACGGCGUCGGUGACGUAAUGUCAAGUUCCUUAACGCUUCAAAGUGGACAGAGCGUGCCGUCACGCCUGAGUCGCCACAGCGUCAAAAUACGUCACUAUUCCAGUUUCCCUAACCUGCUGAGUAUAUAUGAGGCACCGAAGGAAGAGGGAAAUUCCGACGACGACGACGAAGGCAACCAGGAACGCCGGGAGCGUCGAAAGGGACAUCGGCGCGGAAAGAAAAGAAAUGAGCAGGGAAACUCAGAUGACGCUAUUGACAUCCGCCAGCGAGUGGAGAUGCGGCAGUUACGGAUGGACUCAGUGGCCCGAGAACAGCUGGAGAGGUUUGAUAAAUACGUUGAGCGCAUGUGCAGUAAAGUAGAACGUCAGCGCGAGGAGCGCCGGAAGUACAAUGAAGCGUUACAAGAGCGCCUGCGCGAACAAGAGGAAGCGGAAAAGAAAAAGCUAAGAUUACAUCGUGGUCCAAAACACAAAUAUGUCAACGAUACCUCGUUUCUGAAAGCACUUCCGGUUUCAAAUCACUGUAAAGCGACCCGAUUGGCCGACGAACUACAGCGGAAAGGCGUAUUGCGCACGCGCCAAGAUGUUGAAAAAUACUGGGCAGGAUAUGGAAACAGUCCAAGAAACAAUGCUGACAUAUUUUCACAGUCAACAAACGAUUCAGUUCUUAAUCAUCAAAACUGGAUGGGACAACGAAACCCAGAUAUCCGAGUAACAUCAGAAGACGAUGAAGUAAAAUAUGACGGGAUUAAUAAAAAAACAACACUGCCACCUAUAUCACGAAAGAAGAAAAGAUAAACUUGUCCAAUAUAAUUAUGUCGAGUUAUUUCUUUAAAUCUUAAAUCAUUAUAUCACUUGUUAUUCUUGUUUUGUUUGUG